UUUGGGGCUCCGCACGUGUGUUUAGGCCGGAAAAGUUGGUCUGCGGAGCUGUUUUCCGUGCGGCCUCCCCCUCCCUCCCCCCCCGGGAGUCGAGUCCCGGGAGCUGAGGACGAGCAGCCGCCGCUUUUGCUUGGCCGUGAGCCCCGCGCGGCUGCGACAUGCCUCACCGGAAGAAAAAGCCCUUUAUUGAGAAGAAGAAAGCCGUGUCAUUUCACCUGGUCCACCGGAGCCAGCGAGACCCCUUGGCAGCAGAUGACACCGCACCCCAGAGAGUUCUGUUGCCCAGGCAGAAAGUAAAUGACGAAGAGAGGCGAGCAGAACAGAGGAAGUACGGGGUUUUCUUUGACGAUGACUACGACUACCUGCAGCACCUGAGGGAGACAUCCGGGCCUUCCGAACUUAUCCCUACAAGCGCUCUCCGCGUGUCCGACACAAGGGAUGAGAAAGAGGAAACUUUGAGCACUGGAAUUCAGUUACCUUCGUCAGUGUUUGCAACAGAGUUUGAAGAAGAUGUGGGCUUGUUAAAUAAAGCAGCUCCUGUCUCAGGACCCCGGCUGGACCUUGAUCCUGACAUUGUCGCCGCUCUUGAUGACGACUUUGACUUCGACGACCCAGACAAUCUGCUCGAAGAUGAUUUCAUUCUCCGGGCCAAUAAGCGAGGAGGACUGGAAAUGCAGAAAUCUGAGGAUGAAGAUGGCAGUGAGUGGGAAGAUGUAUCGGAGGAGGACGAGGAGGACGGAAGUCGCAGUCACAGUAGUUGUGGCCCUGCAGGCUCCCUGUCAGACGAGGAUAUGCCCACCCCUGGAAGGCCUCUGGGGGCCGUCGAAAAUCACUUGUUCUGGGAGGAGGAAACAAGAAGUCGCUUUACAGAGUAUUCCAUGACCUCUUCAGUCAUGAGGAGAAAUGACCAGCUGACCCUCCACGAUGAGAGAUUUGAGAAGUUUUAUGAACAAUACGACGAUGAUGAAAUCGGGGCUCUGGAUAAUGCCGAGGUGGAAGGGUCCAUCCAAGUGGACAGCAGUCGCUUGGAGGAAGUUCUGAACGAUUACUAUAAAGAGAAGGCAGAGGAUUGUGUAAAAUUAAAUACUCUUGAGCCUUUUGAAGAUCAGGAGCUACCAGCGAACGAACUUGAUGAGUCCGAGGGAGAAGAAAUCGUUACUGUGGUUCUUGAAGAAGCCAAAGAGAAGUGGGAUUGUGAAUCCAUUUGUAGUACGUACUCAAAUUUGUAUAACCAUCCACAACUUAUCAAGUAUCAACCAAAGCUCCCCAGGAAGUGGCACAAUGGAUAAAGCACUGGGCUGUCAAGCAUGAGGUCCUGAGUUCAAUCCCCAGCAACACAUGUACCAGAAUGAUAUCUGGCUCUUUCUCUCCUCCUACCCCUCUCAUUAGUCAAUAAAUAAAAUAUUAAAAAAUAAGAAGAAAAGAACGGGGGGGAGAAAAAAAAAACUGGCUUCAAGAGCAGUGGAUUUAGCAUGUAGGCACCAAGCUCCAGAAAGAAUUCUGGUGGCAAUUAAAAAAAAAGGAAUAAAUAUUAAUUGGAGGGAUUGUGUACAUUUGUUUGUUUUUGCUUACAGAGCCUGUGUUUCAGGCACAGGCAAUUUCACUGCUCCUAGGCUGACCCCCCCCCCAAUUCAAUGAGAGCUCGCUGCUGUGACACUCCCAAAAUGAGCUUGUCGUUUGUGACUCAAAGCAUCACUAUGAAAAACAAUUGUGUAGGGAGUCGGGCGGUGGUACAGCGGGUUAAGCGCAGGUGGCGCAUCGCGUAAGGAUCCUGGUUCGAGCCCCCGGCUCCCCACCUGCAGGGGAGUCGCUUCACAGGCGGUGAAGCAGGUCUGCAGGUGUCUGUCUUUCUCUCCCCCUCUCUGUCUUCCCCUCCUCUCCAUUUCUCUCUGUCCUAUCCAACAACAACGACAUCAAUAACCACAACAAUGUUAAACAACAAGAGCAACAAAAGGGAAAAUAAAUAUAAUAAAAAGUACUUUUUAAAAAAUCAUGUUGAUAAUGGGCUAUUUAAAAAAGAAAGGGAAUGACUCAAGUACCGUUUCAUCUUC